CGUCUACCUCUCCGCUCUAGUGAGACUGCGCCCCCCCCCUCGCCCCCACCCGGCGUCGCCAAUGACACUCCAUCCCAACUCACAGACCUAUCACAUAAAUGUAACGCACCACAGAAUGUUGUCAAGGGUCAGAGGACAUCCUAAAGACGCGCAGCGGGCGGCGCUUUUCGGUGUGGGCAGGUUUUUCACUUCCACUGAGCACGAUUACUCAUGCCAUGUUUUAUAGAACUAAGGGAAUCCUCUCCACUUAAUUGCUCCCCCCCCCCUCCCCCCCGCCCCACCCUCCCACAACCCCCCGAUUUACCUCUUGAUGAUUUUUACUGGUACACCCAUGUUAAUUCUGGGAUACAGAGAGCACCUGCACGCCUUGUUUCUUCGUUGUCUGACGACUUCUACGGGCCACACCUGACCGCACUUUGUAUUUUGUUUUUCUCUAUAUUCAAUGUCAAAAAAUGUACGAGCUGAUCUGUGGAGACUCUCUUCACCCACGUAUUAUUCUUUCCACUAUGAGCACUGUGUCAUGGCUGUUUGUGUACGACUCUCUGAGCCGUUGCGUUAGAAAACGAUGAGGAGAGGGCAGAUUUGUGGCUUAGCUUCACGGCGGUGUUCAAUUGCUCCAGCAGCUUCACAAAGGUCGGUUUCUUCGAUUGCUGCUACAGUUUCCACCUGCUUUAAAGAUGCAUUACAGAGUUGUACAAUUUGAACUUUAUUGACUUAGUCGGUGAAAUACACCAAAUUACAUGAAAUUGUUUAAAAGGAUUUUCUUAAGCAGUGGAGACAUGACAAAAUAAAAAUAAGAAAUAUGCAAAAUCAGAAGAAGAAAUAUAUAUAAAUAUAUAGAUAUGAAUAAAUCACAGCCCAAACAUAUAUAAUUCAUUUGUUUCGAGGAUUAAUGGACAUAGUGUAUGUGAAUGUUAAAAGAUACUUUAUUAUUUAUUAAGAUGAAGAACAUGCCUUUUUGUCUGGCUUUGUUUAAAUGUUCCACGCUUUUUAAGAAUGUUGUUCAACAAAGUCAAAUAUUCUUUUCUAAUAUGUUUUAGUGAUAAAUGUAAUGUAUAAUGAUUGUAAAAUCUAAACUACAGUAAUAAAUGUUUCAAGUGUGGUGAGCUUUGUUUAUAUCUGGCUGGUUUUCAUGACAGUUCAUUUGCAUUUGGUGUUUUUCACUGUGAAACUAAAUAGAAAUCGUUUCAUCAAGUGAUGCUUGGAAAAGCGUGUUGAGUCUACUCUCAUUCACACGUGUGUUGACACUUAUGUAAAAGUUUUUAUGGAGGAUUACCACAACCAAAAGGGGAACUACCCUCGACUGCAUUGACAAAAAUAAAACUGUUUCAAUUUUCAGUUAAUCCAAAUGGACUGCUAGUAGAUUAUUACUAUUAUCUUUUUUUAUUACCGUUUCACCCAUACUUAAAUUUACUUGAACUACUGUACAAUAAUCAAUAAAUAAUUUCCACCUCAGAUGGCUGCCCAGAAUUUCUUAAUCGUUUGGAAAUUUGAUUUUUCAAAUAAAAAUAGAUACUUCUAUUUCAUUUCACAAAGAUCAAAAACAUUUUAAAUAUACAUGGUAAACUUAACAUGACAUUCUGGAUGGUUUAUUAAACAAAUUGUGUUUUACAUUCUCUUUCAUAUAAUAAAAAAAAAACAUCCUUUCUACAAUAGUAUUUUUAACUCCUGUCAUGUUAUAGAGAAUGAAGUUUAUAAGUCUUUUUCUGUCUGCCUCUUAAAUAAGAAUAUCUGUGUUUUUAUUGAUACUGUUGCCAUGACAGAUAUUGGAUAAAUAUUAGGCAUAACUGAGCAGGAUUGCAGUUUCCAAUCAUACAUACUAAUGCUUUCACUAUUUAAAUGUCAACAGUGAGAAGCUCAAUUACUCAUCAGUGUCUGUGUUAAUUCCAGUUUCACCAAGGCAUUUGGUGCAAAUAGGGGGAAACAUUGGCAGCACACCUCCAAUCUAUGCUGUUGCAUGUUGAGGAAACCCCCUCCAUCAGCCGGGUAUAAAACACGCAAGGAUGCCUGAGUAGUCACCUACACCAAAGAAUCCACAGUCCAAGAUGCCACUCGUCAAGCUCUACUUCACUCCUGCUCUGCUGCUGCUCGUGCUCACCUGUCCUCAGGUCAGCCGGUCCCUGCCAGUGACGAGUAGAGGACCACUGAAAGAAUCUUGUGUUUCAUACGCAAACACACUUCUACGGAACAUCACUGACACACUCACACAGAUGGAAGAGCAUGUAUUCAACUGCUUGCAGCUGAAUGUGGAGCUGAACAUGACGACUAGCACGCCAUCUGCGUGUGCACCAAAGGAAUCAAAAUGCUCAGGAACAGUCAAAGCAGAGUUUGAUCAGGAGUCUUGUGUGACAAAUAUCGGGGAGGAUCUGCAUCACUACUAUGAAUUCCUCUCUGCUCAGACGGACUACAGUUCACUGGUUUCAACUGUUCUGUUGAGACUCAGGGAGCUCAUGGAGAACUGCUUCCCGUGGUCUCUGCAGAUAGACGUCUCAAAGGGGGCUGCUUCAAGGGAUGAAAACUCAUUUGACAGAAGACUGAGGCUCUGCAAAGUGCUAAGAGGCUUCCAGGUCCGCUGCAUCACAAUGAACAGAGCCAUUGGAUAUAUGAACUCUGGAGAACACACUAAAUGAGAGUACUUUUAGAAAGCAUAUUAUGUUAUGUAUAGAUCCCACCAAACUACAGUAACAAUUUGUUACUUUCAAAUAAUCUAUAAAACACUCCAGACCACUUUAUCAUUAUUAUUAUUAUUAUUAUUUUUAGGAUCACAUAUUUAUUAUUUUGUUGUCAUGUAACUUAUAUUUGACAUUAAGAUGAUGUGUUUUUAUAGACUAAUGUUAUUUAUUUAUCAGUGAUGAUAUUAUUUUCAACAAUGUGUUGUUGUGUUAUUCAGUUGAUUCUAAGAAUCACCAAAUUAAUAUUAUUAUUUAUCCUGCAUAAAUCCUGCCUAAUUAUCAUUAAUUUAUUCACUUCAAUGACUUGAAAAAAUGUGUUAUAAUAUACUGUUUGAUAAAGACCCUUCAUGCUCAAGGCUAAUAAAAAAUGUUUUAAAGUCA